CCUGGUGGGCUCCGCACCACUGGUAAAGAGCAGGGAGACAGGUAGAUACACAGGUGGUUCGAGGAGGCAUGAAAGGCGCUCUUGCUCCUCACCUCAGGAUGAUUUAUUUUACUGUGAGUCUCAUGUGGGUGGUGAGGAUACUGGCAUUACACCGGCAGCAGGUAUACCAGAUUUGACGGUUAACAUUUUUAAGGGGGGGGGGGGGUGAGAUCAGAGAGGCGCCAUGAAGACGCGGCCCACGGGUAUCGGUGCCUCGAACGCCAACUGGAUGAGCUCACUCUCCCCCGAGCUCACAGCUAUGCCCCUGAAGCACCUUGCAGUGCCCGGGUCCCAUGACUCGUUUAGUUACUGGGUAGAUGUGAAGGCCCCGGUGGGCCCUGACCAGAAGGCCAUAGUCAAAUACCUGGCCACAGCCUUCCGUUUCGUUUCCAAGAAAGUCAUGAAGAAGUGGUCCAUGACACAGAACCUGACGUUUAAGGAGCAGCUGGAUGCAGGGAUUCGUUACUUUGACCUGCGUGUGUCAUCCAAACCUGGAGAGUCUGGUACUGAGAUCUACUUCAUCCAUGGCCUGUUUGGACACAAGGUGCGUGACGGUCUGUCGGACAUUAACUCUUUCCUGGACGCCCAUGGUAAGGAGAUGGUGUUCCUGGACUUUAACCAUCACUACGCCAUGGGGAUGGAGCAUCACACCUACCUCAUCAACAUGCUCCAGGAAGUGUUCGGAUCUAAACUCUGCAAGAUCGGCGUUGUUGAGGAGAUCACUCUGGACUAUCUCUGGGAGAACAAGUACCAGGUCAUAGUAUUCUACCACCACCCGUCAGCUGAGAGCUGUCCAUUGAUAUGGCCGGGCAACAAGUGUCCAGCUCCUUGGGCUAACACUACAGACACCACCAAACUCUUUCAGUUCCUGGAGACAACACUAGGUGAGAGGGCUAAGAUGGGGUCCUUCCACGUGACUCAGGCCAUCCUCACCCCCAGAGUCAAGACCAUUGUCAAGGGUCUGGUCAAGGGGCUACGCAACUACCUAGUUGAGAGGAACCUUCCCAUUAUAUUAACGUGGGUCGAGACCCAGAAACCCGGUGUUGACGGGAUUAACAUCAUCACCUCUGACUUUGUGGAACUGACUGACUUCGCCAACACAGUCAUCAACCUCAACAACCUCCUGCUCAACUAACAGGACCACAAGAAAAACUGACUAACGCCACCAUAGAGUCAGAAUGAGUAGACUGGAUAUGAGUCGAAAAGAAACCCACUUGGAUCUUUUCACGGUCCCGUUCUACCCAUCAUGGCAGCUGCAUCACUGAUCACAUGACCAGACACUCGGGACACGUGAUAAUGGGACACUCAGACAUACAUCACGUGACUAUCUCAUGCACUUAAAGCUCACAUGACCGGUAUUGACUGAUCAUGGUCGACAAAAUGACCACAGAGAUUCACAUAUUGCGCUUAGAAGUAUAACAAUGUACAAGGGCUGAGACUGCUUAAACACACACACACAGAUUUAACACUAUUUCAAUGGUAGCAGUUUACAGCUGUGUGUGACAUGCAGUUAUUAUGAUAACACAUUCAAGAUAGAUCAUAGCAAAGUUAUCUUGAUUUAUAACUAGCAAUGAAAGUCUGGCUACAGCCACUCACACACAGCUGUCUUGAUGUGCGUGUGCGUUUGCGUGUGCGAGUGCGUGUGCGUUUGCGUGUGCGUGUGCGUGUGCGUGUGCGUGUGUGUGUGGCUUGUGGCAGUCCACUGAUUAUCACACUGACACAGAGAAAAACUCCCAGACUAACUGUACAUUUCUGUGGUCCUCCUGGAGGGGAAUGAUGGGAAGGAGAGAGGAGAAGAGAGGUGGAGACCCAGACAAGGGCAGACAGAAUGGGGAAGAGCGAUAGAGAGGCACUAAAAGAAAGAAUAAGAAUCAAGGAGGAAAGAAAAUGUGUGUAUGAGAGAAAAAGAGAGAGAGAGAGAAAUAGAGAGAGAGAUUGUAUCAGCACAGCUGCUGUCUGCAGGCAGUGAGGAUCUCGUUUUAUUCUCCCUUAUUGGGAAAGAUGUUUUCAUUUUAGCUCCCUCCCUUUUUCAAAUCAAAUCAAAUUGUAUUAGUCACAUGCGCCGAAUACUACAAUACACCUUACAGUGAAAUGCUUACUUACAAGCCUCUAACCAGCAGUGCAGUUUUAAAAAAUACAGAUAAGAAUAA